UAUAAAAAAAAACAUACAUAUUUUUAAUCCAAAUGUAUUUGUAUGACCACAUGGAUGACAUUUUGAACGUGCUUCAUUUUCGUGCUUUGACAUCGACGAUUCAAACGAGGUUUGAACGUGACAAGCGAGCAUCAUGUGACCAUCACGUGACCCCCUCCGUCUAGGCCCUGUUGCCAGUUCCAGCAGAUCUCCGGUUCGUCUCACACACACACCGAGCAGGGAAUAGCGACAACACCCGAGUGGGAUGCCCAAGGUUUGCUGGCGUUAUGACAUUACUGGGAGGGGCGGUGCUCCUGCGGGGCUACAGCUGAUGGAGAGGAGUCCCUGCUCCUCCUCCUCCUCUCACACUUGCUGCCAGGAUCGGAUGAUGAGGACGCAGCGCGGCGGCGGCGACACUCAAGCAGCGCCGGGAUCGAGCAUGAGCUGCAGGACAUGCUGAGCGGACUCGUUCGUGGUUUACAUGCGUUUCAUCCUGGAUGUUCAGUCAUGACAAGUGCCUUCCCAACACGGAUUUUCCAACUUUUCUGACAUUAUCCGGACCCUCGCAGAGGUUUUCACUGAUGUCCAGGAACUCACAUAUACUAUGCACCAUUGCUGUCUCACACUCAUCAUUGAACCCGUAACCUCAGCACAGGACUCCUGAAGGGAGCAUCGUCCCCCCCCAACCCACAAGCCCCCUCUGGUAGCUUCUCCUCAUAUGACGCAGGGAUGUUCGCCUCGGUGGAACACGGCCCCGUCCUCUGCAGCGACUCCAACAUCCUGUGCCUGUCCUGGAAAGGCCGCGUGCCCAAGAGCGAGAAGGAGAAGCCAGUGUGCCGGAAGCGCUACUAUGAAGAGGGCUGGCUGGCCACCGGGAACGGCCGAGGUGUCGUCGGCGUCACGUUUACAUCCAGUCACUGCAGGCGGGACCGGCCAACUCCACAGAGGGUCAACUUCAACCUCAGAGGGCACAACAGUGAGGUGGUCCUGGUGCGAUGGAACGAGCCCUUCCAGAAACUGGCCACCUGCGAUACCGAUGGCGGCAUCUUUGUUUGGAUCCAGUACGAGGGCCGCUGGUCCGUGGAGCUGGUCAACGACCGCGGAGCUCAGGUGAGUGACUUCACGUGGUCGCACGACGGCACCCAGGCGCUCAUCUCCUACCGCGACGGCUUUGUGCUGGUGGGGUCCGUCAGCGGGCAGAGACACUGGUCGUCCGAGAUCAACCUGGAGAGUCAGAUCACCUGCGGUAUUUGGACACCUGAUGACCAGCAGGUUUUGUUUGGCACCGCCGACGGACAGGUGAUCGUGAUGGACUGCCACGGGCGCAUGCUGGCCCACAUUCUGCUGCACGAGUCGGACGGCAUCGUCAGCAUGUCGUGGAACUACCCCAGCUUCCUGGUGGAGGACAGCAGUGAGAGCGACACAGAUUCGGACGACUACCCCCCACUGCAAGCGCACAGCCACAAACCUUUGCUGACAGUCAGCUUCACCUCGGGAGACAUUAGCCUGAUGAACAACUACGAUGACCUCUCGCCCACCCUUAUCCGCACCGGCCUGAAAGACGUGGUCGCCCAAUGGUGCUCGCAGGGGGACCUUCUGUCAGUGGCCGGCAUGGAGAAGACGCCUCUCUCCCACGACCCCUCUUGUCCUCCUCCUGCCAGGAACGCCGUUGCCAAGUUCUAUAACAUCCGGGGAGAGCACAUUUACACACUGGAAACACCAGCGCAGCGCCCCAUCACCACCCUCUGCUGGGGCCACCGGGACUCCCGUCUUUUCCUGGCGUGCGGCCCGGCGCUCUACGUGGUGCGCGUGGAGCACCGUGUCGCCAGCCUGCAGCUCCUCUGCCAGCAGGUCAUCGCCACGGCCGUGAAGGAGGAGAAGGACGUGGCCAAGCUCACCAUGCCGUCACGCCUCUGCUCCUACGUCACGUCCGCUUUUAACCCCACCGUCAGGCAGCCCGUUCCAGACCCCAACAACAUGCGCGACUUUGUGAGCUACCCAACAGCUGGCAAUGAGCGUCUGCAUUGUACAAUGAAGCGUACAGAAGACAACCCAGAGGUGGGGGGUCCCUGCUACACUCUGUACUUGGAGUACUUGGGCGGUCUGGUGCCCAUCCUCAAAGGCCGACGCAUCAGUAAAUUGCGGCCAGAGUUUGUCAUUAUGGAUCCUAAAAUGGAUGGAAAAACAGACGAGAUAUAUGGCAAUAGCCUGAUAUCAGCAAUGAUUGACAGCUGUAACUGCUCGGACUCGAGUGAUAUCGAACUCAGCGAUGACUGGGUCGGCAAGAAGUCUCCAAAAAUAUCCCGGGGCAGUAAGUCCCCCAAGCUUCCCAGAAUCAACAUCGAUCCCAGGAAAUCGCCCAAACUGUCUCGCGCCGCUCAGGAAGUUUCCCGGUCACCACGUCUACCCAUACGCAAACCCUCCAUUGGGUCUCCCAGUUUAACACGGAGAGAAUUUCCUUUGGAUGACAUCACUCAGCAAAGCUACCUUGCUCAGGUUACAUCAAAUAUUUGGGGAACAAAAUUCAAGAUUGUCGGGCUUGCUGCUUUUUUGCCAACCAACCUUGGCGCAGUCAUCUACAAAACCAGCCUCCUCCACCUGCAGCCCAGGCAGAUGACAAUCUACCUGCCGGAGGUGCGCAAGAUCUCCAUGGAGUACAUCAACCUGCCCGUCUUCAGUCCCAACGUCUUCAGCGAGGACGAAGAUGACCUCCCCGUCUCGGGCCCUGCCGGCGGCGCGGAUGACAACCCGCCCUGCACCGUCAACAUCCCCAUCGCCCCCAUCCACAGUCCUGCCCAGGCCAUGUCCCCCGCCCAGAGUAUCGGCCUUGUCCAGUCCCUGCUAGCCAAUCAAAACGUUCAGCUGGAUGUUCUAACCAACCCCACAGCCACAUCCCCGGGAGCUGCCGCCGCCGCCGGUUCCGACCAAAGCCAAGACGCCGUUCUUGCAGCCCAGUACACAGUCCCCACCAGAUACUCCAGUCCCGGCCAGGUCAUCUUUGGAGGGCUGGACAUGAGUCGCCUCACUGUGGGAGCCCCUCACUCUCAUCAGCCUUCACAACAGCAACAGCAGCAGCAGUUGCAUCAACUCCAACACCAUCAGCAACUACAGCACCAUCAACAGCAGCUUCAGCAACAACAACAACAACAACAACAACAGAUGCUGCAGCAGCAACAAUUACAGCAGCAGCAGCAGCAAUUUCAGCAGCAGCUCCAACACAUGCAGCAGCAGCAACAACAGCAACAUCAUCAGCAACAGCUCCAGCAGCACAUACUGCAACAGCAGCUGCAACACCAACAGCAGCAACAAAUGCUUCAGAUGCAACAGCAGCAGCAAAUGCUUCAGAUGCAACAGCAGCAGCUUCAAAUUCAAAUCCCCGUUGCCUCCAUGUCGCCAGCGCAGUCCUCGGGUGCGGCCGUGCUUCCAACGGGGGCGCUGCAGAUCCAGAUCCCUCACCCGCCGCCCGAUCUGCUGGUCGAAAAGGGAGCGGCGGGCGAACACGAGACCCUUCUGAAAAUAAAGACGACGCGUUUGCUGGCCGAGGCGGACACGGUGGUGUUCAGCGCGCCGCUGGAGCUAAGUAAAAUGAAUCCCCCUCCUCCUUAUCCUGGAACGGUGGCUGCUGCGGUGGCGGCGGCGGCUGCAGCGUCCGCUUCCGUGCCGAACCUCGGCGUGGCUGCCAACGCCUCAUCGGGAACAAUCGGGGGCUCCUCUGGAACGCCACCUCCUGGUGAUCUCGGUGCAAAGAAGGGGGAUAUCCAACUUUAUCCCCUAAGUCAGCAACAAGGCCAGUACCCCACACCACUAGGCUACGAGCGAAUCACCACCUUUGACAGCAGCGGGAACGUGGAGGAGGUCUGUCGUCCUCGAACCCGUCUCGUCUGUAAUCAAAAUGUCUACAACCUGCAGGGGCCUGGAAGCUCUGCCACCCUCAGGGUCACCUCCUCAUCCUCCUCGGCAGAAGGCAAGAAGAUCCAGCUGCCGUACAGCUCCGCUACCCUGAACAGACUGACCGCACCUCGCUAUUCCAUACCGAGCGGAGACCCUCCCCCAUAUCCAGACCCGGCCAAUCAGAAUACCGGCAGGAAUCCAGGACAGAAGCUGGAUAGCGGUCUCAUCCACGCCACUCUCAGGAGGAAUAGCCGCGAGGCCACCCUCAAAGUGUCCCAGACGAUGGAGCCGCCCAGACCGCUGCCCCCCAAAGCGAAAAAUAACAGUGCGCUGGCGGCUUCCUACCAGCAGAGGGUGCAAACAGCCUUAUACACCUGCAGUCAGUGUAGCAGCGGGUCCAGCGUAGGAGUCACGGCUCCAGGCAGCGCCAACGGAAUAGCAGGCGGUACCAUCAUCAGGCAAGAUUUUCCGCCAGGGAACGGAGCGCCGCACAGCACAGUUAUCGUACACUCCAACAGCGCUACCCCUCACGCUUCACAGUCCUCGUACAGCCUGCUCAACUCCCUGGAAGGAUCCGCACCCACGGCAGGAGGAGGCAGCGGCAGAGAGCGCGUAGAUUAUGUUAAUUCGGCAUUUACUGAGGAUGAAACGCUCCAUCAGUCCCUCAGGCAUUUGGCUUUAGGAGGAAACGAGACGUCGGGCUUGCUCGUGAAACGCCCGCCUCCCUAUCAGUGGGACCCCGCCGCCACGGAGGAGGUGUGGGUCCCUCAGGAACGGACCGCCACGCUCAACCCAGCCAGCUAUCCGGGACCCCACAAGCCACCCUCGCUUAUCCUCAGUCCGGCUCAACACUUGGAUGUGUCCAGGCUGCCUUAUGUGCUGUCUCCCAAGUCGCCCACGACCCCCGCUAGCGCAUCUUUUCAAGCUGCCGCCGGGUACCAAAUUUCUCUCCAGUACCCCCCAGUCACUGCCUACCCCGGAGGCCAGCUUCAGCCCAUCCUAACAUCACCCCGACCCUGUUCCUCCCCAAAAGAGGUGGUGGCCCCCGUUUCUCUCUCACAGCAGGACGCAACCAUUGUCUUACCUGCCGGUUACCCUGCGAGUCUAACAAACCUGGCCUGCUGCCCUGUACCACCUAUGUACCCCGCUACCAGGCUGCCCGUUCCUCCCAUCGCCCUCCACACACCGUGGGGUACGUAUAACUCGUGCCCCCCUAAUCCCAGUCCUGCUGUGCCCCUACCUCCCAAAACUUCCCAUAUGGCAGUCGACAAAAAUGCUCUUUCACCACCACCGCCCCCGCCUCUUCCACCGCCACCCCCACCGCCACCGCACGCAGAACUGCAGAACCAUGCAGGGCUACAAGAAGCCAUGGCAGAAAGCGGGGAAGGAUUCCAGGAAGUGCUGUCCUUAGCUGAGAGCCCCGUGCCCCCUCGCUCAGAGAAGUUCAGCAAGAAGAACCGCAAGAGGGCAGACGGGAGGGCGGAGGAGGCCAAUGUGCCACCUCUGGCUGAAGGGAGCAAGUCCAAAAAGGAGGGUAGGGCAUUGGGGGACUUUAACGCCCUCAUUUCCAGUCCACGGCUGGGAGGGAGGGACAAGAAGAAAGUGAAAGGACCGAAGGAGCAGCUGAAGGCCAAGAAGCUGAGCAAGGCCACCGCCAACAGCGAGUUCCAGGACAGCUCGGAUAGCGAGCCGGAGCUUUUCAUCAGCGGGGACGAGCUCCUCAACCAGUGCCAGAGCGGGAAGAAAGGCUGGAAGACGAAGAGGAACCUCAGGGCGGCCAGCGAGUUGGAAGAGAUGAAGUGUCGCAAGGCCAAUGAGAAGGAGGACCGAGGACUGGGAAGCCAGGGCUUCGUGUAUGUCAUGGCGAACAAACAGCCGCUGUGGAAUGAGGCCACGCAGGUGUAUCAGCUGGACUUUGGGGGUCGCGUCACGCAGGAGUCUGCCAAGAACUUUCAGAUUGAACUUGAGGGCAGGCAGGUGAUGCAAUUCGGCCGCAUCGACGGCAACGCCUACAUCCUGGACUUUCAGUAUCCCUUUUCCGCCGUGCAGGCCUUCGCGGUGGCUUUGGCAAACGUUACGCAACGCCUCAAAUGAGACGGCGCCCUGCCGCACGGGAUUUUCAGGAAGUUGCCGUAUUUUUUUUUUUUUGAAACCGUGACAUGCCCUGGGUCCACAGAGACGACGUCAGUGGAGAGAGCUGAUACCGCUGCAAUACACGAUGCUGCCACUUGAGUCGCGGUUGCCAGGCCAGCGAAUGCAGCGCUGCGCUUUUGGCAACCAUCAUGCAAAUAAACGCUGUUUUAGUAAGUCGACUCGACACUUUUAGACGACCAAGAGAGGAAACUGUCAAUGUGCAGUUUGAUUAAGAUUUUUAUUUUUAUUUUUUUUUAAGGAGCAGCAGUAAUACUUGAAAACCACACUCUGGUGAUAUUUGAUUUUCUCCAGAGCACACACACAGGUACUACUGGCACCUCAAAUCCAUUGCUGUACAACACUCACUACAAUAUGACAGCGUUUUUCCUUUGAGGGGGUGUUUGUGACGCAAACUGGCGGACGGUCAGCUUUUAUUUUUGCUCUCUGUCAUUCCUCUAGCGACUUGUCAGUUCACACGUUAUAACCGGUGUGACUGCCGGCGUUGAGAUCUUUUUACUUGUUUUCUUUUUUUUUUACAUACAUAAUUGAAGGAUGGAGAAACGUGGAUUAAGUUAUGCGUACUGUACAUUGUAAAUUGUUUCCAUUGUUUGCGUUUUUUUUUUUUUUUUUUUUUGGGUGUGUGUGUGUGUGUCAUCAUCCAUAUUGUUAACGCACCGCUUUCAUUCGGGAGACUUAAGUUGUGAUAUUACUCUCGCACUGACGUCGCUGUGACGUCAGCCAUGGCACCUGUUGUCACUUCUGUGAAGUGCGUGUUCAGUGAGGGGCCUGACCCCCCUCAGCCCCCAUCGCCCACCC